ACCGCUUUCGGGUACUUCUGUAUAGAAUUUACAAGGAGUUUACAGUCUAGUGGGAGUACGACUACCAAGCGCACUCGGCGACAGAGAGGGUCAUUUAAGUCGAUUGGAUAUCUGGUUAGGAAAAGGUUUUGAGGAGGGGCCGCUUGAAUGAGUUUUGAGAAGUGAGUCGGAACUAACGCCGUGGAGAUGGGGAUGAAAGUCUGAAAGGGUGUUCCAAGCAGAGCGUAAAGAAUGGAACUAUAUAUGAAGGUGAAGAUGUCAUUUGUCAGAGUGAACCGUUACUGUCCCCGGGGAGGAGGAAGGAAAGCCCUGAAAGUAAAGAAGAAGAAAUCACCAGUGAAGCAAGAAUGGGAUAGUACUGUGAAUGAUUUAACAGUUCAUCGGGCAACUCCUGAAGAUCUGAUACGUCGUCAUGAAAUACACAAGUCAAAGAAUAGGUCAUUAGUACACUGGGAACUCCAAGAAAAAGCUUUGAAGAGAAAAUGGAAGAAGCAGAAACCAGAAAUUUCUAAUCUUGAGAAAAGGAGAUUGUCUAUCAUGAAGGAGAUUCUUUCUGAUCAAUACCAGAUGCAAGAUGUAUUGGAAAAAUCCGAUCAUUUGAUGGCUGCAGCAAAAGAUCUGUUUGUUGAUUUUCCUCGUAGGCGCACAGGGUUUCCAAAUGUAACAAUGGCUCCUGAUUCCUCUCAAAGUCCCAUUGUGGUAAAUCAAGACCCUGUCACCCAGGCUAUUCUUAGUGAAUCUGUCAUAGAGCCUCAGGCUCUUAAUGAACUAGACGAUGGUGAAGAAGAAGAAGAAACUGUUAACAGCCAGUCAGAAGAAAGUGAGAAUGAAUUAGAUAACUCUCUAAAUUCUCAGUCUACCAUGCAUGCAGACAGGUUUCUCCAUCAACUAAAGGAAGAUAAUUCUGACUUAAUUAAUAGACUAUGGACUGAUAUUCAGCAGAAAAUAGCAACACAGUCACAAAUAACAAGCCCUCCAGGAAUUCCAUCACCGGCCCCUUCAUCACAGGAACAAAAAGCUGCUCUGAAUGCUACCAAUGCUGUCAGGAGAGUCCGCACCAGGCUGCAACCUGAAGAAUCUAUCCAGUCUCUAGACUCGAACCAUGUUGUGGGACAAGUGCUGAACUCAAGGAAGCAAAAACAACUGUCAAAUAAAGUGAAAAGAAAACCGGAUUUGCAUUCUCCUUCCAAGCAGAAGAAUACCAUGUUAUCAGCUAGCACAGCCUCCACAGACUUAUCGAAUAGCAAUAAUCCCAGCCUGGAUGUCCUCAAACACAUGAUACAUGAAGUAGAACAUGAAAUGGAAGAAUAUGAACGGUGGACAGGACGUGAGGUCAAGGGACCACAGAGCAGUCAGGGUCUUACAGGCUUUACUCUGUCGCUGGUGAGCUCCCUCUGUCGCCUGGUUCGGUACCUUAAAGAGAGUGAGCUCCAACUGCGUAAGGAAGUAGAGACAAGGCAGAAACUGGAACAAGUAUUAGGUGAUCAUCGAGAGCUCAUUGAUGCUCUGACAGCUGAAAUUCUGCUUCUUAGAGAGGAAAAUACUGCUACCCAGGCUAGACUUCAGCAGUACAUGGUCACAACAGAUGAGCAACUUAUAUCGCUCACACAUGCCAUUAAGAGCUGUCCUGUGAUAAAUAAUAAAGAAAGUCUGGCAUUAGAAAGGGGAACCAUGAGUAGAAGAAUUAUGGACAAUCCAGAGGAUCCAGUUGUAAAUGCUGAUGUAUCCGUGCCAUUGAUGUUCCGAGGGGAAGACAUGCUUGAAUUCCCUCAGGAAGACUUGCCUGUUAAACUGUCUCAGGUGCCAAACCCCCCAGACAGUGCGAAUCUAGCCAACAAUUUUCCAGCACAUGUAUUUGAGCCAGCUGUGUUGUUAACACCACCCAGGCAGAAGAGCAACUCAGAAUUCUCUCCUCUGCAGGAUGUAUUGAGGAGGACUGUUCAAACUCGUCCUGCUCCACGAAUUCCUCCAACAGUGGAAAUAAUUGAGAAGGAACAAAAUUGGGAAGAGAAGACCUUACCUAUAAGCACAGAUAUUCAGAAUUCAAGUGAGGAGAGUCAUCUCUUCACUCAGAGGUGGAGGGUCUCUCAUAUGGGAGAAGAUCUGGAGAACAAGACCCAGGCGCCUUUCGUUGGCUUCUCACAGCCCCUGUGCAAUUCCCACUCAGACACUCAGCAGACAAGAAACCCCACAUUCUCAGAAGGGCCCUCAGUUUUGGGAGAUGGACAACAGCUUAGGACAAAUGAAGCUUUAAUACAAAGAAAGGACAUCAUGGCACGAAUCGCUGAGUUGACACUGCAGAAUUCAGCUAUCAAGGCACAUCUGAAUAAUAUUAUUGGGCCAGGAGGAGAGCAAGGGGAUGGACUUCGGGAGUUAAACAAACAGGAGACAAGUCGUACAAGUGACAUGACUGCUAAUUUUCCAGCAGCACAACCCCUAACACCAAGUAGUAUGGAGGAACGGAUUGCAGAAUUGAACCGGCAGAGUAUGGAGGCUCGUGGAAAACUCUUGCAGUUAAUAGAGCAGCAGAAACUUAUUGGUUUGAAUCCUUCUUCUCCACCAGUAUCACCUAUUCAGUCACCUCUCAGAGCUUGGACUGAAGGAGGAAAGAGAACAAUUGAGGUAUCUAUUCCAGGAGUAGAAGCCUCAGAAAGCUCAAAAUGCAGUACUAUCUCUCCUACCAGUGGGAUAAAUACAAGAAGAUCUUCAGGGGCUACUAGUAAUUCUUGUUCUCCAUUAAAUGCCACCUCGGGAAGUGGACGAUUCACACCUGUUAAUCCAAGAGCAAAGAUUGAGAAACAGAAUGAAGAAGGAUGGUUUGCUCUUUCUACACAUGUGUCAUAAGUGAAGUUGAGUUUUAGUUUGUUCUCAGUAAUAUACUCUAGAGCUCACUCUCCUGUCCCUGCUCCUCCUUUCAAGUAUUUAAUGUCCUUCUUUCAGAUAAAACCUACAAAGAUCUUGUGACUUAGUACUAAUAGAACAAAGAAAUAAAGCAGUUAUUUUAUUUUUGACCUUUUAAAAUAGAGUUCCAACUAACAAACAACCUACAGUCUCUUUGUGAAUAAAAUUUUGACUCUAGGGAAAUUAAAGUUUUAGAUUCUAAUAAUUUCAUAUGUAUUUUAAGGUUUUCCGAGUAGUACAUUAUUUUAUCAUCUUUAUUUAGUUUUUAAAAAAUCUAGUGUAUCUUAAAUGUCGAUCUAUUUAUUUUUAUUUUAUUUCUUUCUGAAGAACUAAGUUGCUUUGCAUGUGACUUGAAAUAAAAAGCCUCUGUGUGAUUAAAGUUUGGUUUUCAGAAAAAUUUAACACUUCCUUUGUUUUUUUAUUUUGGGGCAAGUCACUGUAGUCUACUACUUUUUCCAUCAACUAGAAUGUCCAGCUUUAAAAAGUAGGCAUGGGGUUACUUGUUUAUAUUUGCCUCAGGAAGUAAGAGUGGUUGUAUAUAUUGUAAAAUUGUUAUGCAGUCUUUAGAUGUGAAAAUGUCAUCAAUAGUGGUAAUGUACAUCAAAUAAAUAAUGAUCGUAGAGUUC